UUUGAAAGGCAACGGGGUCAAUGGAUGCCUAGCUUGUAACGACGUCGUUCGCUGCAGAGCCAAACCCAAAUUCCACCCGCACCCACCAUCCCUCAACUCUCUCUCUGCUUUGACCAUUUCCCUCUCUCUUUUGACUCAUAAGUUUAUCGAAGUUGGGUCCUUCCAAUGCUUCAACCCUCAAUGUUUCGUUGAGCUCUGCUGAUGAUAAGCGAUAAUCUCGAUUGAAGACUCAUCUGUUCCCGGGAAAAUCCUCGUGGAAUCCGCUGGAUUUCAACUUUUAGCAAUGGCCGCCACCAGCGAUAUAAAUGGCAAUGGGGAAAUAGAAAUAUGUAAUUCCAAAGAAGGAGAAGAAGCUCAAAAUGCUUUCCACUUUGUUACAUCUCAAAAAACCCUAUUGAAUGAUGAACUCACACAAAGAAGAUCCCCUAUUUCCAUUGAUGUGGUAGCUCCUAUGAGGAAAAGAUUCUUCAAAUUUGGUUCAGCAUCUGCUAGGUUCCAGCAGAUUGCUAAGGAGAAAGACGACGUUUCACGAUCCGUGCAUUCUUCAUCGAGUGGUCAUCAUUUUCGAGAACGUAUAAGUGGAGUAUUUUCUAAGAAGAUUGAUUGGGAUUCACUCAUGAACAUGAGCAAAACAUGGAUUAGAGACCCGAUGAACAUAGCUCUUUUCAUUUGGAUCAUUGGUGUUGCUGUUUCAGGUGCAAUUCUGUUCUUGGUCAUGACCGGGAUGCUAAACGCUGCAUUGCCGAAAAAGUCCGAACGAGAUGUUUGGUUCGAAGUCAACAAUCAAAUUCUUAAUGCAUUGUUUACCCUUAUGUGUCUAUACCAACAUCCAAAACGGAUAUACCAUCUCAUACUUUUAUCUAGAUGGAAAGCUGAAGAUGUUACCAAACUUAGAAAGCUUUACUGCAAGGAUGGGACUUACAAGCCUCAUGAAUGGGCGCACAUGUUGGUGGUUAUAAUUCUCCUAAAUGUGAACUGUUUUGCUCAGUAUGCACUUUGUGGGCUGAAUCUUGGUUACAGGAGGGCUCGACGUCCAGCCAUAGGAGUAGGAAUAUGCAUAUCGGUUGCAAUCGCUGCACCGGCCAUUGCAGGCGUCUAUUCCAUAAUUAGCCCCUUGGGGAAGGAUUACGACUCUGAAAUCGACGAGGAAUCGCAGCUUCAGUCGAAAUCACUUGAGAAAAUAUAUUCAUUUGCUACAAGAGACGAGCACGAGAACAGAAUUAUCGAAAACAAUCCCGAGUGGAGUGGUGGAAUACUUGACUUUUGGGAUGACAUAUCUCUAGCAUACCUCUCCCUUUUCUGUAGCUUUUGCGUGUUUGGAUGGAAUAUGGAGAGACUGGGAUUUGGCAAUAUGUAUGUCCAUAUUGCAACAUUCAUUCUGUUCUGUAUGGCUCCUUUCUGGAUUUUUCUCUUAGCUGCUGUAAAUAUUGAUAACGAAACUGUCAGGACAGUGAUGGCCGUUACUGGGGUUGUUCUUUGUGUAUUUGGUUUACUUUAUGGCGGUUUUUGGCGGAUUCAGAUGAGAAAGAGAUACAAUUUGCCUGCAUAUAGCUUUUGUUUUGGCAAGUCCGCUGUGGCUGACUGCACUCUAUGGCUUUUCUGUUGUUGGUGUACUCUAGCACAGGAGGCGCGGACUGGGAAUUCUUAUGAUAUAGUACACGAGAUGUUCUACAGAAAACGCGACGAGAGUAGUCAGGUGCUCGGUGAAGAUAGCAAACCCGAUUCGGGUUCUCCGGUGGCAAACAUCUCGAACCCGUCUAACUCAAGGGGCUAUUAUAGUCCAGAAAGGCCUCUUGCGGAAGGUGCAGGUAAAACUAUGAUGCCACCUUCUCCUUCUUUGCUUCAGAGAGAAACAACUUAACUCAUUUGGUAUGUGGAUUGAAAUAUGUAUAGUUUUUUGUGUAUUUAUGAUGAUUUUGUAUGAAUGAAUCAACUUCAAACUGAAUUUAAAGAUCAGAAAGAACCAUCACACAAUAUCUUUGUUAUGAACUGUUCAUGUUCGUUCACUGCAAUCAUUGUCACACAAUA